GCGGAAACCGAAGUGCUCUCGUGAUGCCGCGUGUGUGGAGUACAGAUCGGCGGGGCGCAGCCGCCGCACAGGUACAAGCGCACCGCGAGCGCGCAAGUUAUAUCCAAACCGAGAAUGCCCAGAGAGACGGCGUUAUCUCCAGCUGCUUCCCACACCGAGUGGUGGACACUUGAAGAAGGGUGAAGCGUGAACUUUGAAGCUAAAGCUGGGAGUAUUUGACGCUACCAACUGAACAUGACUUUCAUAUGCACUCUAGGAUUUAAAAGUUCGCAAAAAUGAAGUUUGGCAAAAGCGUCUGUAUCAUAAACGUGGGUGGCACCAAGUACGCGUUUCCAAAGGACGUAAUCAAGGAUUUCCCUUUGAGGAGAGUGAGUCGUCUCCACAGUUGCGCCUCGGAGAGAGAAGUGCUGGAAGUGUGCGAUGAUUACGAUAGAGAGAGGAACGAGUUCUUCUUUGACAGACAUUCAGAAGCGUUCGGCUUCAUUAUGCUGUACGUGAAGUACGGCAAACUGCGUUUUGUCCCGCAUAUGUGCGAGCUGUCGUUUUACAACGAGAUGAUUUACUGGGGUUUGGAAAGCUCUCAUUUGGAGUUCUGCUGCCAGCGGAGACUCGACGAACGCAUGUCCGACACGUACACUCACUUUACCGAGGAGCACCACAAAACGGCCAAUGAAAUUAGUAGGACUGAUGACUCGUCAAAUGGGAAGCGGGACUCAAAGUGGCUGGAGCGAAUGCGCAGGACUUUCGAGGAGCCCACCUCCUCUCUGGCAGCGCAAAUUUUGGCGUCCGUAUCGGUGAUUUUUGUCAUUGUGUCCAUGGUAAUACUUUGCGCAAGCACUCUUCCUGACUGGAAAACUGCCGAGAGCAAUAUAGUGGAAGAGCACAGGUACACAGACUCUUUAGAGCAUCCAUCCGGGAUCAUUGAGGCGGUGUGCAUUGGAUGGUUCACGGCAGAGUGCAUCGUGCGCUUCAUUGUGUCCCGAGACAAGUGUGAGUUUGUGCGACGUCCGCUGAACAUCAUAGACCUGCUGGCCAUUACCCCCUAUUACAUCUCUGUCACCAUGACGGUUGUGACUGGAGAAAACUCUCAGCUGCAGAGGGCCGGCGUGACGCUGCGUGUGCUGCGCAUGAUGCGAAUCUUCUGGGUCAUCAAGCUAGCGCGACACUUCCUAGGGCUCCAGACUUUAGGGUUAACGUUGAAGCGCUGCUACCGUGAGAUGGUCAUGCUCCUGGUCUUCAUUUGCGUGGCCAUGGCCAUAUUCGGGGCACUGGCGCAACUUCUAGAGCACGGCCUGGAUCUGGAGUCUGGGAACGAGGAAUACGCUAGCAUUCCUGCCGCCUGCUGGUGGGUUAUUAUCUCCAUGACCACUGUCGGCUAUGGAGACAUGUACCCCAUCACUGUGCCAGGACGUGUGCUUGGUGGCCUGUGCGUCGUGAGCGGUAUAGUGCUGCUUGCUCUUCCGAUCACCUUCAUCUACCACAGCUUUGUGCAGUGCUACCACGAACUCAAGUUCCGCUCAGCCCGCUGCACCCAAAGCCUGUCCGCCGAGUUCCUCAACUGACCUCCCGGUAGGUUUAGCUAUGACAAUUAACGGGACUCAAAUCUUUGCUUUCUGCUAGAGAAAUCGAUGUCUAGUGCAAAGAUCUCCCGAGGCAUUUCCAUCUGCCACAUUCAUCUCCAGAACAGACUCUUCAGUAUGUGUUGUAUCUGUUACUCAAGGGGCUGGAGGAGGCUACCAUGGUGACAGUAUCACAGAGGCCAGGUGUCCUUGACAGGUACACACUGCUGGAGGGAAACUUUAAGAGGCCUUGAAAAGACUCAACGUCAUGGCUCAACAAGCACUCAUUCUCACAGAGAUCUGCGCUUUACCUUAUACAUGUGGCAUUUCUCCAAAGGAUUUAGCUUUUGAAUGCCACUUAGGCAGCCCACAGUGUUGGCAAGCAGAUAUGAGAGAAAUAAUUUAAUCAUCUUGUCACCCAGGAACCUUUCUCUUUGAUGAUGCCUUCAUUUAUAAGCAAUGAAGUUUUAAAGCAGUACCGCUUGUUCCAGCAUUUAAUAUAUUGAGAGCCUCUCUUUUUUACUUACAAUAGACUACAAAAACAUGAUUUUUAAUCACUCUGUUCCACUUUCUGAAUACUCUUUCCAGGCUACAUUGUUGUGUAUACUCAAUUCAGUGUGACAGCAAACCUCCAGAGGUAGUGAGACAUAAUGAGCGGAAUAGACUGAGAAUUACAAGGAUAAAGUGAGAGCUGUGUGGGCAGCUAUGCUGAGAGGAACAUAACGGGCCAUGGAGAGAGAGUGCUGUCAUGGAGAGUUGGGUGUUUUGGAUGACACCACGCAGAGCAUGUAGAGUUCUCCCCGAAUCCUCUACCUCUGAAUGUCCUCUACUGCCUUGCCGGUUUUCAUACGGGAGCGAGAUGCCUUGAGGCUCGUACACCUUCUGGGGUUUCACAGAAAGCUCUCUGUAGGUCCAUGGAAGGUUCUGGAGAUCUUUAGUGACACAGCUACCUCAAGGCCAUCUCCUCCCAUGGAGUCACCCAUGCCACCCACUUCUCCCCGACUCAUUGCUGUCUCUAUUUUGUUGUGGCUCUUAUGUUCCUCAAUGCUCUUAAAUGAACAUUCAGAGAAUGUGCUGUUAUCUGUGUUUUUGUCUUUACACAUUUCUCCAAGUGCAUCAUGGGAGGGCUUCUGCUAGAGGAAAAAAAGGGCGUAAAAUUGUAACAAAACUGUUAUUUGAUGUUAAAUAACAUGUAAAUAAUCUUGACCUGUUUAAAUUGUAAGAAGAAUUUUAAAAUGGAAGUCAACAUUUAAGAAAGUCAACAUGAAAAUUGACCCUGUCUAUUUUCUUGGUGCUCAUUCAUCUGUGCACAUUAUUCCAGAUUCAGAAAAGUUUGUCUUAAUAACUUGCCCCACCUCUGAAAUUACUUUCCUUAGCUGAUGCCACAAAUCCCUGUUAUGUUUUCAAUCCCUUCCCUUCAACCACCAGGUCCAUUAGGGUACGUGAUAUCCACUUUUCAGCAUUCAGUCAGUUUCAGAUGAAUACAUUCAAGUCCUACCCUACACCUUUCCUCACUAAAUAUGCUGUUCUGUUUCAUGUGUAAAUAUUCAGAUCAUAGAAGUAAAAUGAGU